AACAAGUGCCCUUAGAAGGAAAGCCUGUCAGACUAUAAACUGGGGAACAUUUUUUAUAGCUGCAGUGCCAAUCUCGAGUUCAUAAAUAUCAGAGAUCAAAUCCACUUUUCUGAUCAGUGACUCCCAACAAUGCUCCCCGAUUAGGGUUCGUUUUAGUGGAGGUGUGUUUGGCCUAUGAAUUCACGGGAUAAUCUCCAGAGGUCUUUAUUAUCUUCUGGAGAGGGAGGGAGAGAGAGGGGGCGUGCAUACCGUGCUGCAGUGGCCGUGCUGAGAGGCGGUGGAGGCGGGGAGCAGCGCAGCGCACUCCGCGGUGGAUGACAGGGGGGCAUGGAGAUGUUGCGCCGCUCCUCUGUGUUUGCCGCUGAAGUUUUUGACCGCUCACCCACCGACAAGGAGCUGGUGUCCCAGGCCAAAGCACUGUGCAGGGACUAUAUUCAUUCCAGACUGAACCGUGCCGGGAUAGGCUGGUCCAAGCCUGAGCACGGACUGGCUGCAUCAGGUGGGGCGCUGGGGGAGAUAUCGUCGGUUCUGCUGUGGCUGGGUGAUGAGUUGGAGUACCUUCGACCCAACGUUUAUCGCAACGUAGCACGACAGCUCAACAUCCCGGUGGCGUCAGAGAGUGUCGUGUCGGAUGCCUUCCUGGCUGUGGCUGCAGACAUUUUCUCCACAGGAGUGACGUGGGGGAAGGUGGUGUCUCUGUACGCGGUGGCAGGAGCCCUGGCUGUGGACUGUGUUCGACACGGUCACCCAGCGAUGGUCCACACCAUCGUCGACUGUUUGGGGGAGUUCGUCCGCAAGAGCCUGACCUCCUGGUUAAAAAGAAGAGGAGGCUGGGUGGAUGUAACAAAAUGUGUGGUGAACUCUGACCCCAGUUUCCGCUCUCACUGGUUGGUGUCGGCUGCCUGCACCUUCGGACACUACGUGAAGGCCGUUGUGUUGUACCUGCUCAGAGAGAAGUGAAGAAGCAUCACUCUCUGGAUCUUUAACUGCCCGACCAGCGCUUAACACCAUCACUACCACAAACACCACCACUUCACCGAAGCAUCCUCUGCUUUGGAUCAUGUUUACACUCAUUUGCACUGAGCCAUUAUCGACGAACACUCGCCCUGCGCAGAGUUUAGAGUACUUCCUUUCCUGCCUCUGCUAGAAUGUGUAUUUAUUAUUAAUUUUACUGUCACAAGUUUGAUGUGGAUAUGUAUUAUAUACAAUCACACUCUGUUAUUGUUUCAACCUUUUAAUUCAGCCUCAAACAGGAGACCUGCUGAGUUUGCUGCCUGUGUAGCCGUGGUUUGGCUGCCCCUAGUGGCUGAAAAGGGUAACGGUGGUGUUUUGAGUUCAGCUCCUGAGGCUGUUCCUGAGAAGUUGAUAUUACAUUUCUCACCUUGAUUGAACGUAUGACCCAACAGGUUAGUGCAUGCUGGAUGUAUGGAAAUGACUGCAUGUAUUCUUCUCAGUAACAGACUGUAAAAUGAUUACUAACAGGGCGGGGUCAGAGAGGAGAAGAGAGUUGUUUUUCUUUUUCCUGAAAGGAGGAAGAGAGACAGGGGAUUUUUGUAUCAUUUCUCCCUCCAGAUUUAUAUUUUAUUUCAGCAAAAAUAACUUUAAUAGUAUACCAAUAUGUAGAUCAUAAAGGUGCUGCUUGCUAAUGGGGAAAAGAUCCCAUCUCUGUUCAAAGAAGCUCUAAUUGGAAAUGCAUCCAUACAUUUAAUGUCCCCUGUUUUAAGUCAAUUUCAGUUGUUCCUCGAGAUCUUAACUGAACAGAUGAUGCUAAUUCAUAUCUCAGAGUUGCAAAAGCAUAAAGCAAACAAAAAUAGAAAAGUCUUAACUUACUCAUUAGUGUGGGUAACGGUUUGUUUUCUAGAUAUAAGACAGACAAAACAAGCUUUGUGAUGUUGAGAUAAUGAGGUUCAUCUAUCUAUUUUCACAGCUAAACCAGCUGUGACUAGAAAAUUAAGAUCCCAAUAAAACACCCAAAAUUAACUUCCAUCCAUCCAUCAAGUAUGUAUACAUGUACACUUAUCCCAUUCAGGACUCAAGGCUGGAGCCUAUUCCAGCUGUGAUUGGGCGAGACGUGGGUCACACCCUGAACAGGUCAUCAGUCUAUCACACUGCUGAUAAUUAAGAGUCACUAACUAAACUCACAAGCAUGUGUUUGGGUUGGGGGAGGAAGUCAGAGGACCCAGAGAGAUCCCACACAUGCACACCGAGAACAUUCAAACUCCACACACAGAAAGGUUCCUUUAAGGCCAGGGAUUCAAACCAGGAACCUUCUCACAAUGAGGCAACAGCGCUAACCUAUGGAGGAAAGAAGCAGUGACUUUAUGGAUGCAUGUCUGCUUAGGGCCUCAAAUACUAGCAAACAAGGAAGAACAAAACAAGCUAUUCAAAGUUAAACCUCAAACUCUUCACCUGUGGAGUAUCAGGUUGUGAUAAAAUUUUGUCAAUUUAAUUUAUGAAGUAAAACCACAUUUUUGGACAGGUUCUACUAACUGUUAAACACUUGAAGAUGGUCACGUCUUCUAAAAUGAUCUAUAUAUUACCACUCUAAGGUAUUGAUUAUGACAUAAGAUGCACCCACUCAUGCUCUCCUUAUGUUAGACUUUAAAAAUACAACUUAAAGAGCCUUUUGAGCAUUAACAGUAAGUUUGAUCAACCCUCCCUGACCCAGUAAUCCAUACACAGUCCUGAAUAGGUCUGAAAACUCAGUCCAGAAAGAGCAGUAAUCCAGCAGCACUACAUCUGUACUCUUUGUUUGUCUGUCCUAUUGUUCCCUGUAAGGCAGUGCUUCAUCCUGUAACUGCAGUGAUGUAGGUGACAGAAUAUUCUCUCUGUGUUAGAGCACUUUGAUAGCAUUUCACGUCGUGAGUAGAGGUUAUUUUGUGAAUAAUUUCACUUUCUAUGGCAUGUAGCACGAUACGCCAUUAAAAUUAACAGAUGUCUAUGAGUCAUCUGCAAGUGUAAAUAUGAUCAAUAAUAAAUGUUUCUUAUGACUUUG